UACUCGGAUAAAGACUAGCAGGGGGGAGUGGACAGAGUCCGGGGUUAUUGUUGAUCACGAAACCGGUUUGUUGUGUAGCAUGUAUUUCUGCAAUGGCGAAAAUGUAGGGAAUCGAUGGCAUGCAGAUUACGUAGCCUUGAACCCUGCGCCUGCAAAUCGUCUACAUCUGUUCGGGAUCUUUCGCUGUCAACAAUAGACCCACAAAGCGCUCGGGAGCGCGCUGCACCCAACGCCAAGUUUCGCGUCGGUAUAAAUGCAUAUAGUCUCAAAGCUUAAUUUCAGAUGUUGUUUUGCAUCCUGUUGAAGUAAGUACUGUAACGUCAACUUGAUCGGCAUCUUUUGCACGCACGACGUCAUGCAGGAGAUGAGUGUACAAGGAAGAUGAAUCGAGGUCAGUUGAAAGGGAAUAACAAAGAGAACCUGCUCUGCAGUCUCGCUAGCAACCAUUAGCGGAAGCGGCACGUUGUUGUAGUGUUUGACAUUCGAACUUCGCAGUUUCGCUCCGGACGGUUGAGAGCGCAGACACGGUAACCGACGUUUAGCCAUUUUGUCCGACUUUUACUGGAUACAAAUUACGUUAAGCGACAGACGUUGGGCUUUUCAUUUGCUUCGCGCCGGAUAAACGUUAUUUCAAAUACUGAGCACGCGCGUUUGGGGAAUUACCGGUUAAACCUGGAGUUGGCCGUUGGUUAUUCACCGAUAACUGAAGAAGAUGACGACGACACACAACAUUAUGUGAAUCAGACGCACAGUUAAACUUUGUGCUCUGGCACGACCUUGGGAUUGAAAGUGAUCAUUACGUUUAUCAGCAGGCUACCGCCCUGCCCCCUCAGGAGACCCCCUAUGUGGAUUGAAUUGAAAACAACCUACAGUUUCACACAGGAUGGAUGAUCUGGAUGUAAGGUCUCCUUUUUGUCAUCAUCAUCAGCAACAACAUAUUUUGAUUUGUGCAUGGAUCCUGCGGUACUUUUAUCACCAAGCACUUCCUGUGCUGAUCUCCAACACUUUAGUUUGUAAGAGUAUUGACUUUAUCUGAACUGCUGUUUUGAGAGGAGAGAGGUUUUGCAAGUUUUAACUUGGUUUGAAGCAACCUUUUCUCGUUAUCACAUAUUUAUCCUGCUUUUUUUUCCAUGCAUGGAUAGCAUAUAAGCUUUGACCCGACUUCUUGCUCCACUCUGUGGUGAAAUGUCAGAAAAUCUCAACGACAAUAUGGUCAAGUUCCUUUCCCCCCCUUCGAAGAACAUCAACGGCUCCAGCUCAGACACGCUGGUGAGCGAGCGGCUGGGUGUCGAGGUCCGCCGUCGCCACCACACCAUGGAGCGUGAUCUGCUGAAGGGCGAGCAUCGUUUCUUCCGUCGCAGCGUCAUCAACGAUUCCAAUGCUACGGCGUUGGAGCUUGCUCUUGUUUGUGAACCUCCUGUCUUGGAAACCAAAGCCGCUUCAGUGCCCAUACAAUCUGAAGGAUUGGUUGCACCAGAAAAGAAGGAGGAUGUCGAGACAGCUGUAGAGUCAGUGCAGGUGUCGAUUGUGAAUACCGCACAUCUUCUUUCUGCAGAAGCACCACGUUUGGUUGUGGAGUUGAAGUGUGGAGAUAGCCUUGAUGGAAAACGAGAGGAUGAGAAAGAGGAGGAUGAAGAAGGUAAAGAGAAGGCACGGGUUAAGGCAGAACUGCGGGAUGCAAAGGCAGAGCCGGAGGACAAUGAGGAAGUUGAGACAAAUGCUGUCGGGACGUCACCGGAUGGCCGUUUCUUAAAGUUUGACAUUGAGAUUGGACGUGGCUCUUUUAAGACGGUCUACAAGGGUCUGGAUACAGAAACCACAGUGGAGGUGGCAUGGUGCGAGUUGCAGGAUCGCAAGUUGUCCAAGUCAGAGCGGCAGCGUUUUAAAGAGGAAGCCGGAAUGCUGAAGGGUCUUCAGCAUCCCAACAUAGUACGCUUCUACGACUCCUGGGAGUCAUCCUUGAAAGGGAGGAAGUGUAUUGUUCUGGUGACUGAACUCAUGACAUCUGGAACACUCAAGACGUAUCUAAAACGGUUUAAGGAGAUGAAGAUCAAAGUCUUGCGAAGCUGGUGCCGGCAGAUUCUGAAGGGGCUGCAUUUCCUCCAUACCAGGUCGCCUCCGAUCAUCCACCGGGACCUCAAGUGCGACAACAUCUUCAUCACCGGACCUACCGGAUCUGUCAAGAUUGGAGACUUGGGCCUGGCUACCCUCAAGAGGGCCUCCUUUGCCAAGAGCGUCAUAGGUACCCCUGAGUUCAUGGCGCCUGAGAUGUAUGAGGAGAAGUAUGACGAGUCGGUGGAUGUGUAUGCCUUUGGGAUGUGUAUGCUGGAGAUGGCUACUUCUGAGUACCCGUACUCCGAGUGUCAGAAUGCAGCUCAGAUCUAUCGCAGAGUCACCAGCGGGGUGAAGCCUGGCAGUUUCGACAAAGUGGCUAUUCCUGAAGUGAAAGAGAUCAUUGAGGGUUGCAUACGUCAGAAUAAAGACGAGAGGUAUUGCAUCAAGGACCUCCUAAGUCAUGCCUUUUUCCAAGAGGAGACUGGGGUUCGUGUGGAGCUGGCUGAGGAGGAUGAUGGAGAGCUGGUGGCCAUAAAGUUGUUGCUGCGAAUUGAGGAUGUCAAGAAACUUAAAGGGAAAUACAAAGAGAAUGAAGCCAUUGAGUUUUCCUUUGACUUAAAUAAAGACGUCCCAGAUGAUGUUGCGCAAGAAAUGGUUGAUUCGGGUUAUGUUUGCGAGGGUGACCACAAGACCAUCGCAAAGGCCAUAAAAGACAGAGUGUCCCUGAUUUCUCGUAAGAGAGAGCAGAGAAAACUUGUGAGAGAGGAACAAGAAAAGAGGAAGAUGGUACAGGAGACGGACCCCUCACAGCCACAUACCAACACCACAGUCAAACCCUCUGGUCCCGCUCAGGCCUCAGUUAUUAUGGAGUCUGAAGAACAUGAAGGAGACCAGCACCAGCAACAACAGCAGCCUGGAGCCUCUGCUUCCACUGUAGGUUUUGUGGAUGCUCAAGGUUCAGCGUCCGUCCCUGAGACUCACCCUGCCCAGCCAGGCACGUCUUUCAACACCGUACAGUCUGAUGCACAACCACAGCACAUCAUGACCCAUCCACAAAGCAUGUCACAGCACCCAGCCCAGGCCCCUUUGCAGCAGCAGCCGAGCAGUACUUUGACCCCAGGUCCCAUCGCCCAGACUGCAACUGCGGCCACACCCCAGGUGAUGGGUCAGACUGCGACUCUGCCCUCUGCUGUUCAACCUACCGUCCCCUUGCAGUACCAUCAGCCGCCUCAGGAUGGCAGCGCUCCCCCUCCGGGCCCUCAAGUCUUACAGGGACCAGUGAGUGUGUCCCAACCGCAGCCGGUAGAGCAGUCACAACCUCAAACAUCUCUGGUUCCAGCCUCCACAGAAAGUGGUCACUCCGAUGCUGCUUCUGGUCAGAGCGAUGGUAACGAUGGCAGGCACGAGGGGCGCUCUACGAAGCGACCCCAGAGCCGCUCUGUACGCAGCCGCUCACGCCACGAAAAGAUGGCCAAGCCCAAGCUCAAGCUUAAUGUGCUGAAUAUUUCUAAUAUUGGGGACAGAGUCGCUGAAUGCCAGCUGGAAACCCACAACAGGAAAAUGGUCACAUUCAAGUUUGAUUUGGAUGGAGAUAAUCCUGUUGAAAUUGCUCAAAUUAUGAUCCAAAGUGAUUUUAUCUUGGAGAGCGAGCGGGAGUCCUUCAUAGUACAGGUUCGAGAGGUCAUUCAGAUGGCAGAUCAGAAAGGAAAAGCUCAGAAAAAUAGCCAAAAUCAGGUGAGCAGUAAUUUGGACCAAGUACCUGAAAUUUCAACAUCCAGUGUGCCUGGUGUGCCACCUAGCGUAGCAGCACAGGUUGUACAUUCAGCAGGCCGGCGAUUCAUAGUUAGCCCAGUGCCUGAAGCAAGACUUCGAGAACCAUUUUAUGGACCUCCUUCUGCAAACACAUCAUUUGAAGACUCGACACCAGCAUCUGAUCCCACAUCAGCCAGCAGUGUUCAGCAGGACCAAGCUAGCUUUGCCCCAGGCUCAACCCAGAUUUCUGUGGUACCACCCACACCUGGAGGUCUUGCCCCAGAGAGCUGUCUCCCUCCUACUUCUCAGUCCUUAUACCAGAGUCCCGUCCCAACAGCCACUGCAACUCUUACAACAGUCACCACUCAAGUAACCACUCCUACACCAUCAACCACUCAGCAGACCAGAACAGGGAGGAUGUCUCCUUCUCCAGCCCCAACUGAAUCACCAGCACCACGUCGACUGUCACUUCCAACCCCUUCCCAGAUUCCCCAAAACAUUGUGGCUGAGAGCAAUGGGUCGGAUCAAGCUCAAGCCGGCAUUCAGCAGGUGCAAGUCGGCCCCUCGUCUGUUCCUGUGACGCAGGUGUCUGUGACGGGAGAUGGUGAGAGUGAUGUACAGGGGAAGCCACCUGGAAUUGAAGACAUCCAUGCUUUGGACCAGAAGCUGCGUUCCCUUUUCAAAGACUCCUCCCAGAGCUCCUCUAACCAACUUGAUGGAUCUGGAGAGACGUCUGCAUCCUCCCCACCCAGCACUAUCGGCACUAUCUCUGGUGUCACGCCUUCCAGUUUAUCUCUCAGUUCCAGUGGGAACUUUGCACCUGGUGCUUUUGCCUCACUUGGGACACCUACAAGCUAUGCCCAGACACCAACUGCAGAGCCGUCCCCACAAAGGCCACAGACCUCCGUAGGUGUAACUCUACCAGAUGGACAGACCAGCACUGAGGAGAAAGAGCCAGCAGCAUCACCACCUGAGAAAGCUUUCAAACUUGGCCGAUUUCAGGUUUCAGUGGCGAGUGAUGAAGUCCCAAGCACUGCUCAAGAUGCAACAGUCAUAGUCUCAUCUUCCUCCAUCACCCCAUCUUCAACAACAUCAUCAUCAUCAUCAUCAUCAUCAUCAUCAUCCUCCUCUUCCUCUUCCUCAUCAUCACCGUCUUCACUCUCUAGCCCUGAAAACACUGUUCAUAAAUCUCAAACUCCUCCCAGGAUCAGCCCUGAACCCGUCCCGUCUACUACUACAGUCGGCCGCUUUCAGGUGACCUCCAGCACUGACAUCAAAGUGGGCCGCUUCUCAGUGACUCCAGCAGAAGGGAAGAGCUCCUCCGUAAGCUCUGCUGAGGGACCAGACUCUGCUAAACCGACCCCUUCCAGCGUGUCCAUCACAAAUCACUACCUCAGCAGUGACAACGACUCGGAACCAGAAGAUGAGGGCUUUAAACGAGAGAUGAACAAGCUCAGGGAGAGACAUGUGGUCGAGAUCCAGGCAUUACAGAAUAAGCAGAAAAAGGAAAUUGAGGAACUCUAUACACGUCUGGGCAAAACGCCGCCCUCUGUGGUGGUCCCUCCCACCGUGGCCAUUGCGGCUGGCAGACGGAGACCUGUUAAGGGCAAGGGGACCAGGUCAAGAAGUGGUAGCGGCACUGGUUCUUUUCAACAAGGGAACAAACAAGCUGUACAGAGUGGACAAAGUUCAGUCAAUCUGUCAGCCACUGGAAAGACUGAAACCAUAUCAGGCUCAAACGUUCAUGUGCAAGGUACCACAAGUCCAGUAAGAGAAGAGAAUGGACAGAGCCAUGACCAGGACCAAGCACCUGCUGCUAAUCUGCAACAUAAGGGCACAUUCACAGCUGAACUCCAUCAGCUGGUUGACAACUGGGCCAGGGAUGCCAAGAACAAGAUGCCACAUGUCAAGAAAGGCUCCAGAAAGAAUGCGCAAGCCCAUGACAUGAUGCCGCGUAAAUACUCUGCACCAGGUCAGCUUUGUUCCAUGGGUGGUCACAUUCCAGCCGCCGUCAACCCCACGGCCGGACGGAAGGGUUCACUAUGUCUAACCAAUCAGCAGUACAGCUACACCUGCCCCACCUACAGCAUGCCCCAGUGGACUCAGGCAGGCCCGCUGUCAUCCACCGCUCCCCCUGCAGGACUACAGCAGGGCUUUCUAAUACCCUCUGGAGCUCACCAGUCUGGAAACAACUGCGGGUCAACCAAUCUACGGACCACUCAGGCGAGCUAAAACCACAGGGUUGGUACAAGGAAGGGAAGAGCGGUGCCUCACGGGGUUGAGAUUAUCGGACCUAGUCCGUUACAUGGACAUGUUUACAUGGCAAAGACUUUCAGGUCCAUAUAAUGUGACUCGGGUUAUUCGAAUCUGAUCUAACCUGCUAUUUAAAAUGAUUGACUGAUAGAUGAAUGUGUACAUUUGAUAAAGAGGCACAGGAAGGGUUAAACAUCAUAUAUAUAGCCUUAUAGUAGAUACCGUAAUAAAGUCAGGCAGUGAAAUACAAUGGUGUUGCAGUUUACCUACAGACAUGGAUGGAGAGAUGGAAAGAGAGACUCCACCACCAACACAAGCCUGAACGAGUGAGUGUAUCCUACAUACCAGUCUAGAUUGUUGCAAGAUGGAUAAAGAAGGUAGGUAGGAAGGAAGGGAUGUUGGGAGUAACAGCAUUUUAGAGACAAGUAUUGAGGGACUUUUGUCUUUAGUUUGAGUUUGAACGAAAAGAAAGAGGAUGUGCAAUUGAGGGAGGUUUAAGCAGGGUUCUAUAGCUCUUUGUACUUGCACGUAUUUCAUAGCAUUGUUCAUUCGUGACUUUUGUUUUUUAUAUCAUUUAUGAUGAACUUACAGUAAUACAGUGUAUCUUAUAUAGACAGUCACCACUACUCCCUGUCCACACCAUCUUUUUUUUUGUAUGUAAGUGGAUAGAAGGCUUAUUUUGGAUAAGGAUGAGCAUCCUGAAAGCGUACUUCUUCAUCCAGUCACAUGUUGCUUUCAGUUUGAACGAAGCUAGCCUUAAACCACAGGAUUAUGUCUUCCCCUGUCUUUGAAAUGUCACAACCAUCAAAGCCCAUGCAGAUGUGCUGUAGUAAAUGAAAUACUUGAUUUUGGGAAGUGACCAGCCUUGUGCAUUUGACUGCAGCGACGUAGAAGUACAGUAUUAAACUACAGCACCUCAUAACCAGUUUGUUGAUAUCACUCCCCCAAACCAUUUUUUCUAUACCACAAAUUGAGUGCCAAUUGUUUGCGGAAGUGACAUGCCGUCACCUCGAAAAUGAUUCGCUUGACUUCUCUAGAGAAGGUAAAUGUUACUGCAAUGCAGAAAACGCGCCAUUUAAAGGUUUAACCGACCGGGGAGGUUUUAUUUGUUACUUUUGAUACUUGAGUCCUUUGUAAUUGACCAGAACCACAUUCAGACACAGUAAAACUGUUGAAAUACCACUAAUCACAGUCACAUGCUUCCUUCGCAUAACUGAAAUUCUGAAAACAAUCCAUAACUCACUUGUUCCCAUAGAAAACAGCAUUAAAUUUGUGGGGUCAAAAAUUGCUGCUGAUGUUUUCUUUCAAUAUUUUUCCAUC